AUGGCAACUUCAUCCGAAUCGGGUGCCCAGCUUUUCUCAAGACUUGGCGUGAGGAGGCGUGCAAAAGGGUUGGAUGCAGUCAUAUUUCCAGAGGAAUUUCCAAAACCUUGCGAUGUGUACGAGCUGUAUGGGGACGAAGGGUGUGGUAAAUCUGAAAUACUCCUGCAUCUUGUGGUGAGGUCAGUCGUUCCAACCGAAUGGAAAGGAGUUAAAUUAAACGGGCUAGGCAUUGGUGUCAUAUUCAUUGAUACAGACUACAAAUUCUGCAUGCUCAGACUCAGUAGCAUCCUUGAAAGUUACAUAGGGAAGUCUUUGACAACCAAUGAUCAGGAUGUGCAAUUGUCUAAAGACUUGGAGGACAUCGUCAAGGCGUCCCUGAAAAACUUCUGGUUAGUUCGAUGUAGCUCUAGUGAACAACUCCUAAUGACGAUACAUUCUCUUGAUUCAUUCAUUGGAUACAAAUUUGAUGUUAGCAUUCUUAUGCUGGACUCAGUGUCGUCAUUUUACUGGAUUGACAAACUGAAAUGUGGGGAUAAUCGCAAAAUGCUGGAACAAUCGCAUGCACGCCUGGUGGCAUCUUUGGAGAAACUAGUGAACACUUACAAUCUAGUACUGUUUGCAACAAAGUCUGCAAUUAUCCGAAAGCGUGUUGAAAACCUGGGCAGUGUUAGCCCGGCUAGUCCUAGUUUUAGCAUGGUUCAACACAGAUCAACACUAACAGAUCAUUUUGAACUUCUGUCAAAUGUUUGGACAAAAUUUGUGAAAUAUCGGUGGCUAUUGUCCGUAUCAGAUCAAAAUGAAGUGUCUUCCAAUGAAAGUGGUAACCGUAGGUUGUCAUUUACAGAUAAGGUGAACACUCUUGGCUUGAAGUAUUUUAGGAUUUGUCAAAAUGGUGUCAACUUCACGGAUGUCUAACCUUUGACAUGUUUCAUCGCCCUUCUGUUGGUGCCAAUCCAUUUGAUGGUCUGAAAUAUGUCGAAAGGCAAUGAAAGGAAAGGAGAGUCAGUGUAGGACUAGGCUACAUUCACCUGGCACUUGAUCCAAACAUUUAUCAAUCGAUUCGACAGGUAUACCUGUAACUUGUAAUAUUGAAGUAGUGCCUCUAUUCUUUGCCUGUUAUCUUUUGAA